AUAGGCAAAAGGCAAGAGAACCACCACCACACAAGGCCCAUGAGCCCAUCUAUAUAUACCGAUUCUCAAAGAACCAUGGUUCACGCCCAACCGAGCCAUGUCUCGAGCCAUCGGCCAAAUGGGCUUGUUUUCAAAACGGUUGAUUCUUUUGCUGGUCUUGUAUUUGUGUGCUGACAAGGGCGAAGCUAUGGGGUACGGAAAGCCAGCCACCUGCGAGUCUCUUGAGUGCCCUGCGUAUGAGGUGGUAGACCAGCAAAAGGAGUUUGAGGUACGGAGCUACAAGAAUGCUGUGUGGAUGUCUACUUCCCUUAUUAACGCUACUUCCUACAAAGAGGCAGCUGGGAUGGGUUUUAAUAUGCUCUUUGCAUACAUUCAAGGGAAGAACAAUCAAGGGCUGAAAAUCAACAUGACCGCACCUGUUCGAGUGGACAUUCUUCCUUCGACUGGCCCACUCUAUAAUUCAUCUUUCACUGUACAUUUCUACGUGCCUCAAAAUUACCAAAAUGACCCACCUCUUGCUGAAAACGUGCACCCAGAAGGGUGGCCCAAACAGCAUUAUGCAGCCGUUAGGCGAUUCGGAGGUUUCCUCAACGAUUCGAGCAUACUCAUUCAAGCUUCCUCGUUGAAGAAGAGCCUCCAAGGCACACCCUGGGAAUCCGUCGUUGUAACUAGUGACGGUGGGCCAUCGAUCUACACCGUUGCUGGCUACAAUUCUCCAUUUGAAUCUGAGAAUCGUGUCAAUGAAGUGAUGUUGCUGUUUGAUAAGUUCUGAUUGUGUUGUAUGCUCUAUGUAUAAUAACCAUGCUUGUUGUCUAGACUA